CCACAACAGCAGACCCAGCCUCACAAACCACAACAGCAGACCAGGCCUCACAAACCACAACGGCAGCAGACCCAUCCUCACAGACCACAGCUCCAAAUGCUACAACCACACAAGCCUCAGCUCCACAGAUUACAGCCCAGCAAUCUACAGCACAAACCAUGGAAGCAACAGUUCCACUUGUGACACCAGCCCCAGCAACAGCCACACAAGCUAGCCCUGCACCACCUCCAGCAUCACCCUCUCAGAGAUACACUGAACCUGUUGCAGAGAAAUAUAUAAUGGAUGCCUGGGCUGGAAAGAGUCCUCACGUUCUACUCUCCAAAAUUGGUGCUUACAAAUUAUUCUACUGGGAUAUCCAACAAAUUGGUCCGGACAUGGAGUUGGAAAGUGAGUCUAUUAAUGCAUAUCUUGCGAUCAUGGUGAGACAAUGCAAUCGCCAUAAUUCAGCCAAAGCAGCAUUCAUUGAUUCAUUUUCAAUGACUGCCAUUUGGAAGAGAAAAGCUCCAAGACUCAAGAUCAAACCCAUGGAGCAUGAAGUGAUUCUGGGAAUUGUAAAUGAACAUCAUCACUGGACAUUAGUGGUCAUUUACCCACAAGAAAAGAAGUCGCUGUAUCUUGAUCCACUCGGAGAAACUAAACAAGGUAUCCAAAAUUGUUUGGAAUCAACAAGGGCAUUCAUGCGAAAAAAAGGAUGCAACGUCUCAAGGUGGACUUGUGACACAGUCAAACACCCAAAACAAUUGGACGCUACCUCAUGUGGAGUCUUUGCAUUGAAAUUUGCUGAAAAGAUCUUGCAAAAAGAGUCAAUAGACUUUCCGUCUACAAAAAAGGCCAUAAACACACACAGGCUGCAAAUUGCCACCACUCUCCUCCUAGAGACAGAUGACUUGACAAACAUCUGUCUUUUCUGCGGCGAAGAAGAGCAUGAAACUGACAACAAAUGGAUUCAGUGUGAGAUGUGUUUGCGGUGGUUCCACCAGCUCUGCGUGAAAAGCCCACCACCAGAAGACGUGUUUAUUUGUUUCGCUUGUACAUAGUUGACACUAAAGGUGCACAGCUAGUGUUCUUAUGGCACACAUUGUUGAGAACACACA